AUGGUCCUCAACAGGAAUGCAGUGAACUACUUUGCCGAGAUAGAGCAGCUGGCCUUUGACCCCAGCAACAUGCCGCCUGGCAUCGAGGCGAGCCCCGACAAGAUGCUGCAGGUGGCGGUCCAAUCUAUUUUUUACAGCUUCAGUGCCCCGGACACCCAGCCUCAGUUUGUGGAGUCCAAGUUCCAGGUGUCUCCAGAUGUGGCCCGCUACAACAGUGCAGAUGAAGACAAUUACACACAGGUUCGCACCUUCUACACGCAGGUGCUGAGCGAAGAGGAGCUGCAGAGACUUUGCCAGAACAUGGCCGGGGCCCUGAAGGGAGCACAGCUCUUCAUCCAAAAGCGCCUGGUGGAGAACUUGAAGGCUGUUCAUGCAGACUAUGGCAACCGCGUUCAGAGCCUUCUCAACAAGUACAACGCCAAGAACAAGAAGAACACAGAAGUGCACGUUUACAGCCGCCCAGGAGCCUCGGCCAUUGAUGUGAAGCCUUACUGUAAAUGUCCACAGAGGGCAUGAUGAGAUAUGAUUGUUUGCUAUAAAUCCUCAGGUUGUGUGUGUACUACUAUGUUGUAAUCCUCCAACUAUAAUCUUAAACUUCAAUAUAAAGUAAUCAGAUGUAUUCAAAAUGUUUUUCUCUUAUGGUUAGUUUUCCCUCAGUAAUCAUGAAAAGCUAUAUUUUAUUUAGUACAAAUGGCUCUGGAAACCCUUUGUCAGUCUAACUAUAAAGCUUGCUUGCUUAUGGUCAUCUGCCCUACUCAUUAUAUGCAAUUUAUGAGGAGCAAGUAUCAAGAUGAGGAAUUUAUAUCCAUUACUGCUAAAUCUUUAGUGCCUUUUGUGUGUUGAUGACUACCAAAUACAGAUUAUUUUAACCUUAAAUCACGAGAACCAGUUAUGAAAUGCUCUGCUUGAUGUUGUAGUUCAACACUUAUUCUUCUGUAGACAGAGACUAUACUUUAAUACCAUUGUUAAGAUGUUCAUUGACAUUAAAUCUAUAAGUUCUGAUAUAAAUGGUAUUACAAUUAAACACUGUCCAAAAAUUCCCACUGUUGUGGUUUAACAGCAUAUUACGAAAUAUGAAGUUUGGAGUCUGAUUAUUGCAGAUUCACCUUUCAGUUGAACUUUAAAUCCCUUUAUCCUGAGAAGAGAGCACACAGAUCUCAAACAGUGCAUCAAUAUUCAAGGUUUGUACAUGUCAUCUGCUAGUUUUGUAUUUACUUUCAAAUGUUCUUCUGAAUGUAAACUGUUUUUAUAUUAUUGUUAGAGUUCUUAAACUCUUUCAAAUGAGAUGUGUAAUUAGUGCUUGUCAUAUUUAAUUCAAUUGUAAUCAAAGCCUUUCAGCAGCUUC